AUGGCGACAGGAGUAUUGCCAGCUCCGUUCUCCGGGGUCAAGAGCCCGGACUCGAAACUCGGGUUUUGUAAAAGCAUGAAUUUUGUGAGGAUUUGUGAUUUGACAAGUCUAAGAUCUGCUAGAAGGAGAGUUUCCGUUGUCCGGAAUUCGAAUCAAGGCUCCGAUUUAGCCGAGCUUCAACCUGCCUCAGAAGGAAGCCCUCUCUUAGUGCCAAGACAGAAAUAUUGUGAGUCAUUGCAUAAGACGGUGAGAAGGAAGACUCGUACCGUUAUGGUUGGCAAUGUCGCACUUGGAAGCGAACAUCCGAUAAGGAUUCAAACGAUGACUACAUCCGAUACAAAGGAUAUUGCUGGAACUGUUGAAGAGGUGAUGAGAAUAGCGGAUAGAGGAGCGGAUAUCGUUAGGAUAACUGUUCAAGGGAAGAAAGAGGCAGACGCAUGCUUUGAAAUCAAAGAUAAACUUGUUCAGCUUAACUACAAUAUACCUCUAGUGGCGGAUAUUCAUUUUGCUCCUUCUGUAGCCUUGCGAGUAGCUGAAUGCUUUGACAAGAUCCGUGUCAACCCCGGAAAUUUUGCGGACAGACGAGCUCAGUUUGAGACUAUAGAUUAUACAGAAGAUGAGUACCAGAAAGAACUUCAACAUAUCGAGCAGGUCUUCACUCCUCUGGUUGAGAAAUGCAAAAAGUACGGGAGAGCGAUGCGUAUAGGGACAAAUCAUGGAAGUCUCUCUGACCGUAUCAUGAGCUAUUACGGGGAUUCUCCACGAGGAAUGGUUGAAUCUGCGUUCGAGUUUGCACGGAUAUGUCGGAAACUAGACUAUCACAACUUUGUCUUCUCGAUGAAAGCGAGCAACCCGGUGAUCAUGGUCCAGGCGUACCGUUUGCUAGUGGCUGAGAUGUAUGUUCACGGAUGGGAUUAUCCUCUGCAUUUGGGAGUCACGGAGGCAGGAGAAGGCGAAGAUGGACGGAUGAAAUCUGCAAUUGGAAUCGGGACACUUCUUCAGGACGGACUAGGUGACACAAUAAGAGUUUCGCUGACUGAGCCACCAGAAGAGGAGAUAGAUCCGUGUAGGCGAUUGGCCAAGCUCGGGACAAAAGCUGCUGAACUUCAACAAGGCGUUGCACCGUUUGAAGAAAAGCAUAGGCAUUACUUUGAUUUUCAGCGUAGGACUGGUGAUUUACCUGUACAAAAAGAGGGAGAAGAGGUGGAUUACAGAAACGUCCUUCACCGUGAUGGUUCUGUUCUAAUGUCGAUUUCUCUAGAUCAACUAAAGGCACCUGAACUCCUCUACAGAUCGCUCGCUACAAAGCUUAUCGUGGGAAUGCCAUUCAAGGAUCUGGCAACAGUGGAUUCAAUCUUAUUGAGAGAGCUACCUCCUGUAGAUGAUCAAGUUGCUCGUUUGGCUCUUAAACGAUUGAUCGAUGUCAGUAUGGGAGUUAUAGCACCUUUAUCAGAGCAACUCACAAAGCCAUUACCCAAUGCAAUGGUUCUUGUCAACCUCAAGGAACUAUCUGGUGGUGCUUACAAGCUUCUCCCUGAAGGUACACGCUUGGUUGUCUCUGUUAGAGGCGAUGAGCCAUACGAGGAGCUUGAAGUACUCAAGAACAUCGAUGCUACUAUGAUUCUUCAUGAUGUACCCUUCGAUGAAGACAAAGUCAGCAGAGUACACGCAGCUAGGAGACUAUUCGAGUUCCUAUCUGAGAAUUCAGUCAACUUUCCUGUUAUUCACCACAUUAAGUUCCCAACCGGAAUUCACAGGGACGAAUUGGUGAUUCACGCAGGGACUUACGCUGGGGCACUUCUUGUGGAUGGACUCGGAGAUGGUGUAAUGCUAGAAGCACCUGAUCAAGAUUUCGAUUUCCUUAGAAAUACUUCCUUCAACUUAUUGCAAGGCUGCAGAAUGCGUAACACCAAGACGGAAUACGUGUCGUGCCCAUCUUGUGGAAGAACGCUGUUCGACUUGCAAGAAAUAAGCGCCGAGAUCCGAGAAAAGACUUCGCAUUUGCCUGGCGUUUCGAUUGCAAUCAUGGGUUGCAUUGUAAAUGGACCAGGAGAAAUGGCAGAUGCUGAUUUCGGUUAUGUAGGCGGUUCUCCCGGAAAAAUCGACCUUUACGUUGGAAAGACGGUGGUGAAGCGUGGGAUUGCCAUGACGGAGGCAACGGAUGCUCUGAUCGGUCUGAUAAAAGAACAUGGUCGUUGGGUCGACCCGCCGGUGGCUGAUGAAUAG